AUGACUUCAAUCCCUUCCACCCAGAAGGCCGUUGUCCUUUCCGCUGACCCCCAAAAGGGUCCAUUGUUCGAUGUAACUGAGAUCCCCACAAUUACUGAUCUCAAUGACUAUCAAUUACUAGUCCACCAAAAGGCCUUUGCUGCUAACCCAACUGACUGGAAACAUGCUCUCUUUGGUUGGGGAGUCAAGGGCAAUGUUGUUGGUACAGACUCUUCGGGCGUUGUGGUCAAAGUCGGUCCCAAAGUUGAAGGCUUCAAUGUUGGUGACCAUGUCUCUUCCUUCGCUCAUGGUGGUUACCAGCAUCAUCCUGCCGAUGGGCUGUUUAAAGAAUAUGCCGUAGUAGACUCCAGAUGGUCUCUUAAUUAUCAAAAGAGCCUAAAGUCCCGUUCUAAUGAUACCGUAAUACCUUCAGGUAAGAUCGAUUCUUUUGAGGCUGCAGCUACUAUUACGUUAGGACUCGUCACUAUCGGAGGCUCUUUCCAUCACUUUUUUGGACUGAGGGAAAAGGCUCCAGGGAACAGCUCCAAGUACAUUUUGAUCUUAGGUGGUGCCACAGCUACUGGAUUCUUGGCUAUCCAAGUUGCGAAGAAGAUCUACGGUUUGAAGGUGCUGGCCACGGCUUCAAGAAAGAAUUUUGAAAAAUUACAAGCUAUUGGUGCAGAUAAAGUUUUUGACUACCAUGACGCUGAUGUGUUCGAUCAGAUCAAGGCCUUUGCAGGCGAGGACCUGACAUACACUUACCUGACUGCCGGUGAUGAAAACCUUUACAAAGAAGCUUACAAUGUUCUUCCCGAGAAAGCACACUCCUAUCUGGAUAACAUUCAGGUAAUUUUCCCAAGCGCUUUGACCGAGCUAGGGGUUGAGUUGAACAAGAAUGUUAAGUUGUCCAGUACCUUGGCCUACACCACUCUAGGUGAAGACCAACAUUUUCCUGGUUUUGAUUUCAAUGCUGAACCUGGCGCCAAAGAAAGCCACCUUGAAUUUUGGAGUUAUGUUUCUAAGUAUGUUCACAAUGGGGAAAUUAUUCCUAUUGAAGCCAAGAUAUUGGGCAAUGGAUUGGAGCAUGCAGAGGAAGCAGCCGUCUUGCUCAAGGAUGGCAAAGUUUCAGCUCAGAAGUUGGUUUUCCGCCCAUAA